AUCCCCAUCCCCGUUCAGAUCGCUCAGUCUGCCCGAGCUCCGGAUGUGGGCACCGGACAAGUGCACGGCGCUGCCACCCAAGAUGGACAGUCGUUACACCAGCACUGCGGGCAUCGGGGACUUGAAGCAGCUGAGCGCAGCCAUCCCGGCCACGCGGGUGGAGGUCUCCGUGUCCUGCAGAAAUCUUCUGGACAGAGACACAUUUUCAAAAUCUGAUCCAAUUUGUGUCUUAUAUGUACAAGGAAUGGGAAGUAAAGAAUGGAGGGAGUUUGGAAGAACUGAAGUAAUUGAUAAUACUUUAAAUCCUGAUUUUGUAAGAAAAUUUAUUCUGGACUACUUUUUCGAAGAAAGAGAGAAUCUUCGUUUUGACUUGUAUGAUGUUGAUUCAAAGAGCCCCAACUUAUCCAAACAUGACUUUCUGGGACAAGUGUUUUGUACAUUGGGGGAGAUUGUUGGUUCACAGGGAAGUCGCCUGGAAAAGCCAAUAGUAGGGAUUCCAGGGAAGAAAUGUGGUACUAUCAUACUUACAGCAGAGGAAUUAAAUUGUUGCAGGGAUGCUGUUUUGAUGCAAUUUUGUGCAAACAAAUUGGACAAGAAGGACUUCUUUGGAAAAUCUGAUCCUUUUCUUGUAUUUUAUCGAAGUAAUGAAGAUGGCAGUUUUACAAUUUGUCAUAAAACGGAAGUUGUCAAGCACACUCUGAAUCCUGUAUGGCAAGCGUUCAAGAUCUCAGUCAGAGCCUUAUGUAAUGGAGAUCAUGACAGAACAAUCAAAAUAGAGGUUUAUGACUGGGAUCGAGAUGGGAGUCAUGAUUUCAUUGGAGAAUUUACUACAAGCUAUAGGGAACUUUCUAGAGGGCAAUCACAAUUCAAUGUAUAUGAGGUUGUGAAUCCUAAAAAGAAAGGAAAAAAGAAAAAAUACACUAAUUCUGGAACAGUAACUUUACUCUCUUUCUUGGUGGAAACUGAAGUAUCAUUCCUUGACUAUAUUAAGGGAGGAACACAAAUCAAUUUCACAGUGGCUAUUGAUUUUACAGCAUCAAACGGCAAUCCUGCACAGCCCACUUCUCUCCACUAUAUGAAUCCUUACCAACUGAAUGCCUAUGGUAUGGCACUGAAGGCAGUGGGAGAAAUCGUUCAAGAUUAUGACAGUGAUAAAAUGUUUCCAGCUCUAGGUUUUGGUGCAAAACUGCCUCCAGAUGGAAGGAUAUCUCACGAAUUUGCUUUGAAUGGGAACCCUCAAAACCCCUACUGUGAUGGUAUUGAGGGGGUUAUGGAGGCUUAUUAUAGGAGUCUGAAAUCUGUACAACUGUAUGGACCAACCAACUUCGCUCCUGUAAUUAAUCACGUAGCAAGAUAUGCUUCUUCUAUAAAGGAUGGCUCCCAGUAUUUUGUGCUCCUGAUCGUGACAGAUGGUGUUAUUUCGGACAUGGCUCAAACUAAGGAGUCCAUAGUUAACGCCUCAAAACUUCCAAUGUCAAUAAUUAUAGUAGGCGUUGGACCAGCAGAAUUUGAUGCAAUGGUCGAAUUGGAUGGAGAUGAUGUCAGAGUCUCUUCCAGAGGAAGGUAUGCUGAAAGGGACAUUGUGCAGUUUGUACCAUUCAGAGAUUACAUUGACAGAAGCGGAAACCACAUAUUGAGCAUGGCUAGAUUGGCUAAAGAUGUCCUAGCUGAGAUCCCCGAGCAGUUUCUCUCCUAUAUGAGGGCCCAUGGAAUCAAGCCAUCACCUGCACCUCCCCCGUAUACCCCGCCUACACAUGUGUUACAGACUCAAAUAUGACUGUGCUCCCAAACGCUUCACGUUAACUACACGUCGGCGAGAACUGCUGAGUCAAUGCUUUGUGCCUGGUGCUCGGUAAUGAACCCGGGAAUGAGAUACUUUUCUCAGUUUGGUGUCAGCAGUACUAGUUAAUGUGCUUUCUUGGAUCCAAAAUGAAUUCUCUUCCUAAACCAAAAUUGUAAAUAUGGUUGUUGCAUGAGCAACAGAAAACUUGGUUAAGUGCUUGAAGCAAAAUAUGGAUGUCUUCUCUGAAUCUGUAAUUUUCUUUUUUUUUUUUUUUUUUUGGACAGAAACAGCUAAUUUCCAAUAUAUUGCUGGGAAAAAGCACAAAGUAUAUUUUUAACUCCAACAUGUCCCGACUGCUAUGUGUAUAGGAAAGCAGUCUCUCUGUAUCAAUGUUUACAUGUUACUACUUUUUAAAUUUCAAUACUUUUAUAACUGUUCUUAAGAAUAAGAGUUUUGAAUUUUGAAUCCUUUGUCUUCUAAAUUGCAAUAGCUAUAAUCACAAGAGCAAUAUCUCUUUGAAUGGCUGUCUGGACAAAUACAAUUGCAAAUAAGGAAAGGGAAAGAUGCUUUCACAUUUCUCAGUCACUGAAUUGAGUCUUAUGGCAGUGCAUCUGCUUAGUAAUCCAUCUCUCUGUGCUGUUUGCCAAGUAUGGGAGUUUAAGCUUAGCAGAUGUGAAUCCUGUAAGAACAUGCAUUUUUCAUGGAGUUUGGGUUCUACAUUUAGACUGCAGUCAGUUUAUGUUUUGUAUUGCUAAAUAGAAAUAAUAAAAAGUCAAACAUUAUGAACUGUAAAUGCACAGAAAAUACUUUGUGUAAAAAGUAGCAUCUUUACGUUAUAAUGCGAUUUAGAAAGACUAAAACCAAGAAUAGUUAACUGUGAACCAUUUAGCAGGUGUUUUAAACUUUUUAUUCCAUUAUAUAUUGUCUAGAUAUAUUCAAAGGGAUACUGGCUCUAUUGAUUUCGAUUCCUUGUUAUUACUUUUCCACAUUGCCACACAGGGUGCAUAGGCUGGAAAUCUUUUGGGAAAUUCCCAGAAAUAUACACAACUUUGUGACUUAGAACACAACACAUUUGUGAAAUAACUUACUCCUAUAUACUAAUCUGCUUGUCCACAAUUAAUUGUAAAGAGUUUUUGCAUGUACAGUUUUUACAAGAAUUACGAUUUUGUGAAGUUGUGUCUAAAUUAAAGCAUUUCUUUAGAACAAAUGGCCUUAAAUUCUCACUGUAUUCCAGGAAAUGAUUGUGAAUUGCCUUCAAAUAAUAGAAAAGUGUGUUUAUUUUUUUCUUUUGUGUCAACAAUGCAACUGCUUUAUAAUGUUUUUCCUUACCUAUAUCAUAUUUACUACUUGGUUUAUUUCUACUGUAUGUUGUUCUAUUUGUCCAAAGUUGACUUAGGGUCAACUUUUAUAAGCAUGAAAAUAUUUUACUUAAAAGUAUAUACACCACAUAUUUACAGUGUCAAUGGUAUCUGACUAUGUAAUACUAAAUUGUCCAUUUUUAAGUAUGUAUUAAAAUCUUUAAAAGGAUAAAUAUUUGCUCUGUAAAUUUCAUGUAUGAUGAUUGGGGUCUGAUGAUUUUCUUUACUGAUCUAAAAUAUUUAUGCCAGUAUAGUUUAUUAACCUACAUAUUUUUUAUUUGCCUUCAUUCAUCAGUCUAGAAAACAAAAAUAAAUGAAAUCAAUAUUCUUCCCUUCUUGU